GGGCGCAAAAUCCAGUGUCUUCGUAUUUCCGAUUUGAACAUUGACUAGCGUUGAUAUUAAACUAGUAAUUACAACCGUUUAGAUUUAAUGACCAGGACCGAUUUACACCCCAGAGGAGACACCAGCGAAGCGCCUGACUCCGGAGAGUUGUAUUAUUUCGUGUUUCGUGCACUGCUAAAGAAACCGGUCGCCUCUUCAUGAACUGAGCUCGACUUGCUAGCAGCUAACACUCGCUAACUCAGCUACUCAACUACAGCAAUGUCAGAUCUUCCACAAAACAACUUGAAGGAACAGCUGGCGAGGCACAGCAAUGCUGCUCAAAGCAAGCUGUGUCUGGCUAAACCUAAAACGGGGGCCUUUUCUUUCAAAAAGAAGUCCUCAUCAGGUACGGCCAAAGUGGAAGUCGCUACCAAGGUAAUCAGCUCAAAUGUUCUGGCAAACAGGAAUGUCAAUGUCCCUAAGAACAGUUUGGUAACUCAGUCUCUUUUGACAUUUUCAAACAAGCUUGAGAGACCUCAAAAGUCCAAAAUCAACUUCUUUCCUGUCAGCUCAAAAUGUGAGUCAGACUCCAUCAACCAAGCAAGUAGCCCUUCUCCUGCAUGUCAGACUCCUGCAGCAGUGUCUAGUUUUAAGGCGGCUCCAGCUCAAUCUGACAACCAGUUUUCUAGUGGCAAAGAAAUCAAUUCCCCAAGUCUGGAUGCAUCUCUUGGUAUCCCGAUGGACGACUGGGAUGAUUUUGACGACUUUGAAACGCCUGCCAAAACAAAAAACGAUUCAUUCAGUUCGGAAACAUCAGGAAAAAGCAGCAAGCUACUGUCAUCUGCUACUGAAAAAAUAGCAAAAUUCUCAGAGAAACUACACCAUGAUGCCUCUCCUAAGACACAGACUGGUGAGGACUCUUGUAUGGAAACAGAUGAACCGGAGUGCAGUGUUGAUAAAGCUGCAGUUUCACCAUGUCCCAGCUUCGAGGAUUCUCCUGUUUCUCCUGUUAAAGUGACCAGAAGACGUCCCCCUGCACACGUUAUUGAUAGUGAAGAAGAUUGCGAUGCUCCAUCUGAGCCCUUUGAAGAAAGCGCAGACAGUAAGAAAAAAUGGAUAGACCCAAAGGUAAUCAAUCUUGACAACAACUCUGAGCCUGAAGAUGACUUUGAUUAUGUUCCUCCUUCACCAGUCAGCAAUGAGAUCUCUUAUGCAACCUCAGUAUUGGAGAAAAGACCAAACUCUGCUGAUGUUCAAAGCAGAGACAAUCCUGUGCAAUCAAAGGGUCCCAUCACAACACGACACGAAUCCUCUCAUUGCAAGUCAAAAGACAAAACAAAUGAGCAACUCUUCAGCAUCAUGGAGUCCAUUUGUGCUCUUGUUGAUUCCAUCCCUGAACAUGAACUAAUCACUCUGUCCUGUGGAAGUGAACUUUUACUGAAGAGGGCUCAAAGAAAGAGGAUUCUUGCAACUGGUGAUGAUUCUUUGUUUAAGAUGCAGCAGCCUGACAGCACUGUGGCUUCUGAAUCUAGCUUUAAGGAAACGUCUUCUUCUAGGUGUGACACCUCUAGUGGUGUGUUGUACAUCAGCUCCGUGCCUGUGGACUCCAAGAACGCUCCUCAGCGCAGCAGAUCUUCAGUCAUCUCCGUGGAUUAUGAAUCUGAUCACUCUGACAGUAUUAUUGAUUUAAAGCCCUUGCACAGUAACACUAGCACAACAGUAUGUGUGGAAAAUGAGAGUUUCUGUGACUCUCCAUCAGCCCACAGCCUCAUAAAACCAUCUUUUAAGUUCUCUAAGAAAGAGAGCACGGAUGUUGAGGACCCAGAUCUCUUCUUCUCACCCAAGACAGAGACCGGUGUGCAGACAAAAACGAACACCCCAAUGUUUACAGCUGCAGACGAUAUACCAGACGACUUCUACAUCGACGACUUUGACAUAGAUGACUUCAAUGAUUGUGACAUCCCUGAGUACUUUGACGAACCCCCAACUACAUCAGUUUCUACACAGAACUCCAGCACUGUGACGACAACAGUGAAAGAGGGGGGGCCAUGCAAGUUCUCAUGGGAGAGGAAACCAACGACACCCGUUUCUGCACCAAAGCCUUCACAGAUUUGUUCUCCAGAGCCCACCUUCAGAAACCCAGCUCAUGAUCGCUUCAGAGGGUUUAACUUCUCCCACUCACCAGAGAUGAUGAAGAUCUUUCACAAGCGUUUUGGACUUCACCAGUUCAGAUUUAAUCAACUGGAAGCAAUUAAUGCUACAAUUCUGGGAGAAGACACAUUUGUUUUGAUGCCAACAGGUGGAGGUAAAAGCUUGUGCUACCAGCUGCCUGCCUGCAUCUCACAGGGAGUCACUGUGGUUAUUUCCCCACUCAAGUCGCUUAUUGUAGACCAGAUCCAGAAACUCACCACCCUAGAUAUUCCAGCAACAAGUCUAUCCGGUGACAAAAGCGACAGUGAAGCACAAAGGAUUUAUAUGCAGCUUUCCAGGAAAGACCCCAUUAUUAAACUGCUCUACGUCACACCUGAAAAGGUGAGUGCAAGUAACAAGUUGAUCUCCGCACUGCAGAACCUGUACGAGCGAGAGCUUCUGGCCCGGUUCGUCAUAGAUGAGGCCCAUUGUGUCAGUCAGUGGGGCCAUGAUUUCCGUCCGGACUACAAGAAAUUGCAUGAACUGCGUCAGAGGUUCCCCAGUGUGUCGAUGAUGGCUCUGACGGCCACCGCCACUCCCCGUGUGCAGAAAGACAUCCUCAACCAGCUGAAUAUGACUCGUCCACAAGUGUUUACCAUGAGCUUCAACAGAACAAACCUGAAGUACUCUGUGCUGCCCAAGAAACCCAAAAAGGUUGACGAGGACUGCAUCUGCUGGAUCAAGAAGCACUACCCACGCGACUCUGGAAUUGUCUACUGCCUGUCUCGCAAUGACUGCGACGCCAUGGCAGAGAGUCUGCAGAGAGCAGGGAUAUCAGCUCUGGCAUAUCACGCAGGACUGCGUGACGGUGACAGAGAAUAUGUGCAGACUAAAUGGAUCAAUCAGGACGGUUGCCAGGUCAUCUGUGCCACCAUAGCCUUUGGCAUGGGCAUUGACAAGCCAGAUGUGCGCUAUGUGAUCCACGCUAGUCUGCCUAAAUCAGUGGAGGGUUACUACCAGGAGUCAGGAAGAGCUGGCAGGGAUGGAGAGAUCUCUCACUGCAUUCUCUUCUACUCUUACGCUGACGUCCACCGUAUCAAGAGGAUUAUCAGCAUGGACAGAGAAGGUGACAAACACGCCAAGGCCACUCAUUACAACAACCUGCACAGCAUGGUGCACUUCUGUGAGAACGUGAUGGAGUGCAGAAGAAUUCAGCUGCUCGCAUACUUUGGGGAGCUGAAGUUCAACAAAAGCUUCUGUAAGGACCAUCCAGACGUCAGCUGUGACAACUGUGCCAAACCCAAUCAAUACAAGAUGAGAAAUGUGACUGAAGAUGUGAAGAAGAUUGCGCGGUUCGUCCAGGAGAACUGUGAGAAAGUUGGAUCCAAGUAUGGCAGGACAGCUCAGCAAAACCGACUGACACUGAACAUGCUGGUGGAUAUCUUCAUAGGAUCUAAAUCUGCCAAGAUACAGACGGGAAUGUUUGGGAUUGGGGGAGCCUACUCCAGACAUAAUGCUGACCGUCUGUUCAAAAAGCUGGUUCUGGAUAAUAUCCUGGUUGAGGACCUUUACAUCACGGUCAACGGUCAAGCUGUGUCUUAUAUCUCUGCUGGAACAAAAGCCAUGAACGUGCUGUCUGGACACAUGCAGGUGGAGUUCUAUGAGACAGAGAGUGCAUCGACCAUCAGGAAACAGAAAGCUGCUGCAUACAAGAACGUCUCCCAGAGAGAUAAGAUGGUCCAGGAGUGUCUGAAGGAGCUGACAGAUCUGUGCAAGCAGCUUGGCAAAGCGUUUAGCAUUCACUAUUACAACAUCUUCUCUACCGCCACUUUGAAAAAGAUAGCUGAGAAGCUUUCCUCUGACCCUGAAGCCCUCCUACAAAUCGACGGUGUGACGGAGGACAAACUGGAGAAGUACGGAGCUGAAGUCAUGAAGGUCCUACAGAAAUACUCUGAGUGGCAGCUGCCUGCAGAGGAGCAGACUGAGAGUGGUGAAGACGGUUGGAUUGACACGACACGAGGCCGCGCACGUAUAGAUUACGACGAUGACGAGGAUGAUGCAGAGUCCUCCACCUACUUCCGUAAUAACACUGCACAGGGGCAAAAGAGAAAGAAAGCCCCAUUCUUCAAGUAUUCCAAGAAGAAAAAAGCAUUUGGCAACUCAGGCUCCAGUUACAAAGGUCGUGGCUACAGCAGCAAUAAGUCGUGGUCAUCGUCCGGCUCCACAGGUGGAUCCAGAGGUGCAGGUCGAGGGUUCAUGGGCUCAGCAGGAGACACAUCAGCGGGUAGGAAACCAGGAUUCCUGGCCGCCCCGAUGCCUCAAAGCAACCAGCGACCUUUCUUAAAGCCGGCAUUUUCACACUUGAGCUGAGAGCUUUUUGUCUCUGCAUCUUACAACUUGUCACUACAUUUUCAAACCAUUAUAUUGUUGUAAAUUAUUUUCCUGUUGAAACACAACUUUAUACUGGAACAGCUAAAACUGUAUAUUUAAGCUCUGUACAGUUAAUGCAUGUUGUCUAUCCUGAUUUUUUUUAUUGUACAUUGUUGUAAAAUUUAUUUGGAGACUGACUGGAGAACUUCAUUCCCCUCUUUGUGUACUUUUUAUUUUCAUAUUAAAGAAACUGAAAUUCCA